AUGGUUAAUAGAAGCACAACGGAUGCAAUAUUUGCACUCCGUCAAUCAAUGGAGAAAUACAGAGAGGGGCUAGAGAAGUUACACUGCAUCUUUAUCGAUCUAGAGAAGGCGUACGAUAGAGUUCCAAGACAGGAGUUGUGGAAUUGUUUGAGGCUGGAGAAAGUAGAAGAGAAAUACAUCAGACUAGUACAGGAUAUGUAUGAGGAUAGUAAGACCAUAGUGAAGUGCACAGCGGGUGAGGAGUUUGAAGUAACAUUAGGGCUGCAUCAAGGAUCUGCGCUUAGUCCUUUCUUGUUUGCAGUAAUUAUUGACUAUGUGACGGGAGAGCUGCAAAGGGAGGCCCCAUGGGACAUGCUAUUUGCAGACGAUCUAGUGGUGCGCGGAAAGACGAAGGAGGAAGUGGAGCAGAGACUGGGGUUGUAA